AUGCCCGACAUUAAAAAAUCCCAAGGGACCCAACCGCCGACGUCGCCGAAAGGCCACCCACUGCCACGGCGUGCGUCGCCCGAGCACUCCGUAACUCUACGACACCACCGUCUUGCCCGCCAGGCCAGCGAGAGGGCAGCGUCAUCCCGCGCCGCUGCAGCCGCCAGUUCUGGAUCUUCAUCACCAAGGCGGCAGUCAUCCGGAGAAAGUCACAACACCGGACACAGUGAUCCAAAGAACUGGUUUGACGCAAAUAAUGAGAACCCGACUGCCGACUACUCCAACGGGAUGGAUGUUGACCCUCCGUUUUUCCAGAAGGAGAGCGAUUCCUCCAACGAUGAUGUGGCGAAAGCGACGAGCUACCCUCAGCAUCUGCUGAAGCCACCAAUAACCGGACUCAAGCCCAGCGCUACCCACAGCAGCAGUGCAGACGACUAUCGAAGUGUCAUCGACGACCUGACGGUUGAGAUCAAGAAACUGAAGGAUGAGCUGAAGCGGUAUAAGCAUAAGGGCCCAGAGAUGAUGAAGAGGGAUAAAUUAUUCGAAAUCAAGAUUCACGGCCUGCCAAAGCGCAAGAAGCGAGAACUGGAAAGCACACUCCGCGAUUUUGCUUCUGGAUUGGAAAGUAGCACCCCGAGUGCAGAAGCUUCAUCGGCGCGCAAGAAGUCAAGGCACACUACGCGUCUCGACUCUGGGUCAGGAUCCUUAUCGAAGCAUGCAUCCUCUUCGUCUGGGUCUCAUUCGAGACCAGUCGACUCUGCCUACGCGUCCAUGUCUACGGGCGCCAACUCAUCCGGCACAUCUCUAGCACGACCAUCCGCCAGUUCGCGAGCGAGAUCCUCGGAACAGAAGGUGCAGAGCUACCUCAAAGACAUUCCGGAGGGUUUGUACCCACGUCACAUGGUUAUGACGGACAAGGAUAAGAAAAAGCUCAUUGUACGACGAUUGGAGCAAAUUUUCACGGGAAGGAUUACUGGUCGGAGUCUGGCACGCAACCAACCCAAAUCCGCUGCGAACAUCGCCCCUAUGGCGCCCAUCAUGGUGGAGCCCGCAACCGGAAAUACGACUACUUCUCACCCACCACCAAAUAUCUCGACGGUAGUGAACGAGCCUUCACGCGAGGCACGGAUCUUCGAAGGUAAGAAGGGACAGUCGAAAGACACCAAUUCAGCAACCAACUCGAAUGACCAACCAGAGCCCGGGGUUAUCCCAGCUGCUACGGCCGAGGUUAGCACGUCCCCUCCGAAUGCUCUACCACCGGAGCAACGCCCCACUCGGCCGCGAGAUCUUGAUCCGGACCGGCUGCAGAACCCGACGGAAAACAUGGAUUAUAUCCGCCACUUGGGCCUCGCACCACCUCACUUGACGAACCUGGCCACGUACGAGGAUGUAUCUCCCGACGCCGACGGUUGGGUAUACCUGAACCUAUUGUGUAACAUGGCACAGUUGCACAUGCUGAAUGUUGCACCCGACUACAUCCGCAGUGCCGUUUCUGAGCGAAGCACCAAGUUUCAACUCUCUCCGGACGGUCGCAAGAUCCGAUGGCGAGGUGGAACCGAAGGCACCAAGUUCAGCAGCGACAGUUCUGGAGACACAUCUCAAGUCAGCCGAUCAGAUGAGUCCGAAGGUGCUCAAAACGACGGGUCGAGAAAGAAACGGAAAAUAUUACAGACGGCAAAGAGCGGUCAAUAUUCCAUGUCAUCGGGGAAGCACACUUCAGAUCAGUCGAAGCUCGACCAACCAAUAUCCUCGGCCGACGGGUUUCAUUACAAGCCUUUGUUUGUACACCAGUCAUCUUCUGCGGAACAAACCUCCCUCGAUGACACCGGCUCAUCGUUUGGUGCUGCGGAAGACAACAGCAACGGCGAGUCACGAUGGGACAAUGGCGAAUCUUCGUCGUCGCGAAGAAAGAGAAAGCGGUUGGAUGGCGCCAUCAUCUACUACAGCGGCGCUCCUUUCUGUACGGAUUUGUCUGGCGAUCCCGGUGACGCAUCCCCGUCAUCGUACAUGACUUCAACUGGACAAGAACAGCAGUUAUCUUCGAGCACCGGAUUCCUUCGCCCAGACGCGCCGCAUCGCACCGCAUCAGGCUCCGCCCUCCCAUACCGACCCCUGAGCGACGGCAGAAAGGUACCGAGUGUUGCUGUCGCAACCGAGACUGAUUCCGACGACAUGGAUGUGGACAUCAACGCCGACUUCCCGUGGUCGAACGCGCCUCAGGUUGUGCCCGACAGCACCCUCGAUGCAUGUGGCCUCGGCGGCGUUACCCCCUACGACCAUUUUAUGGUCGUCGCUACCACUAAGCGACCUAAGAAUGAUUUGGCGGCGCCUACCACGACACUGAAGAUGGAGGAUGUCCCAGAGUUGACGAAGAGGAUAGUGUCGCCUUUGAGUUCGUCUCGAGGUGGGGUGUCUCGGCCCCAAUCCGAGAGGAAAACCUCGAGUAUCAACAUCCAGUACACGUCCAGGGCUGUCAGGAGACUCGACCCUGCACCGCUACCUCCGCCGGGUAUGUACUUCGAUUUUGAAAGCGACUCAGACGACACCGAAGAUUCCGAUAUGGAGUCGGACUUGGACGUUGAAUCCAGAUUGCCUCUGGGUAAUCGAGUGAACCCCAACCUUCUCGAAAACACCUAUCCCGACGACGAGGAGAUUACCAGCGGUGAUGAGGAGGGCGAAGAGCCCGAUGACGGUGAUGAGCCAGGCGACGCCGUCGCAGACGCGAGCAGUGAGGAGGCGAGAAUUGCCGUCCCACCAAGGGAUCUGCGCCGCGCCAGCAGCAGCAGCGCAGUCGCAGCUGCUGGCACGGUCCGCAGUCGAAGCAAGAGCUUGAGCGUCGAGGUGCCCGUUGCGGCAGGCAGCUCUGUCGCCACAGCUGGCGCCGAGAGCGGCUACAGCAGUGGUCGCGAGGAGAGUGGCUAA